AUGGCGAAAUCCGCCAAGAUCUUCUCAAACGAAGAGAACGGCGUGAACAUGGCUGAUACACCGAGACUCUCGACUACGGAGGACGAAAAUGCCGGCCUGCUCCAUUCUCGUGAACCUUGUGACGACGGACGGUCCACCAGGGCCACUAGUCGGUUGCCGCGCUCUCAGUUGAUCAUUCUUACCCUAUCACUUUCGAAUGCCAUCUCCAUUGCGGCGGUCUUAAUUCUCGUCGUAUUUCACGGCCCGGCAUUCUAUCUCUCCGAGGCUCCUGCAACGGUUAUUUACCCGGCGCAACCAGAGUGGUUCCCACCCCAGAUCCCUGUGAAAAAGGUCUUGCAUGGGAACAAACUAUACGGCCAGCCUCCUAACCCUGAAAGUAUCGAGGCAUGGAACAGAUUGCUGCCAAUUGGGCGGGGUUGGGUUACGGUCAAGAACGAGACUGCUCUACCUGACUUGCCGGGGCUGAAUCAAUCACUUCCGGAACACCGCGCGUAUCCCUCGGUCUUUCAUCAACUUCAUUGUCUUUAUAGCACUAUGGACGCAUACUAUGAGCUUAUCGACCGCCUGAACAAGAACGAGGGGGCAAAGAGAGAAUUGCCUACAGAUCCUGGUUGGAAUUCUGAGCAUCUCAAUCAUUGCUGGGAUUAUCUACGACAGACUAUUAUGUGUAAUGCAGAUGUGACGCUCGAGUGGCGCAAGUACAACGAACAGGUCGGGACGGGGUGGGGUUAUCAACAUCAAUGCAAGGACUGGGAUGCGAUUAUUGCCUGGGCAGAGAAGUACAGGUACUCGAACAACUGGGGUAUUCUCAGAGGUGGAGGUGAAAGGAUCCCACUCCAAUGA